AUGGAUUCAGCAGAUAUCCCUAAUGUAGUGUACAGUUUAUCCCAGCAUGUUGACCAACUUACACAAGGACUAUUGGAACUACAAAUACAGAAUGACUCCUUAAGGGCAAUGGUUAAGGAUAAUAUCCAAAAAACCCAAGUCUGCCUUCCAGAAAGAUUCACAGGAGAAAGGUCUGCUUUUAGGCAAUUCAGAAAUGCAUGUAACCUGCUAUUCCUAAUGAGACCCAAAACAUACCAUAAUGAGAUGAUUAAGGUUAUGACUGUGAUAUCCUUCCUAAAAGGGGAACCUAGGUCUUGGGUGGAUAUAUUCCUAGAGAACGAUGAUCCCAUACUCGGUUCUGUUGCCGAUUUCUUCGCGCAAAUGAGCACAUUUAUAUGA